GUUCAAUUUAACACUCGUAUUGAAAAUGUAUAAAUGAACAUUUAGUGGAGCGGCUAGUCAUAACGGGCAGUACGAUUCGGCUAAGGUGGUCAACGUGCGCAGUUUUUUCGGUGAAUUAACGGUGUUGUGUGAAAUUUUAAAGUUUAAGGCAAAGGAUAUACCAAAAGAAAAUUAAGAAAAAUCUGAAAAAAAAAUUUAAUUUACAAUAAUCCAUGAACUAGUGAAAGGUUCAUAUAAAAUUUUAAAAAUAUUCGAAAAAAAAUUAAAAAAAAAGUUUUUUAAAAUAAAAUGAAAAAAUAAUCAAAAUACUAAAUUUGUAUUUUGAAAAUUUUCGAAUUUUUUCAAAAAAAAACUCCAACAAAUUAAAAUUUUGCAACUAAUUAAAAAAUAUUUACCAAAAAUUCAACACGCGUUUUGAUUAAAAUUUUAAAAGGAUAAAGAACUUAAAAGAAGCCAAUAUUAAAAAAUUUUAACCGACACAAAAAAAAAUUUUAAUUCUUAAAAAAAUAUUGAAAAAACUCGAAAUAUAUUUAAUUAACUGUUUAACUCAACAUAAACCCAAGGAGUAUUACGCCUUCGUCCUACACAUAGCAUGCUUAUUGGCUAACAAAGUGUAUGAUGAAUUCUUCUAAAGAGGGUGUGAAACGCAAGCCCAAUCCUAUACUUUCAUCGAAUUUCCUGUCGAAAUGGUUUUUCAUUUGGACACGCGGUGUCUUCAAAAAAGGCUACCAAGACAAAUUGGGAGCAGAUGACAUCUAUGAUCAUGUGCCAUAUUUAGAUAGCAAGGUGUUAUCAAACUCACUUAUCAAAUACUGGGAGCAGGAGGUACGUCGAAAGAAGCCCAGUCUCUUACAUAUGAUCUUCAGAGCCUUCGGCUGGCGUUUUGUGCCAAUGUGCAUCAUCUAUUCGAUAUUGGAGAUCACGCUGCACACCUUCCAGCCCAUAUUUCUCGGCGAGCUCGUGGCCUACUUCGCCGACGGACAAACUGACAUUACUAAGAAGCAAGCUUAUCUUUCCGCCACCGGUAUUGUGUUAUGCGCACUCAUCGCCUCACUAUGCUUUCAUCCGUUCAUGUUCUUUCUCUUCAAAACGGGCACGGCCAUACGUGUCGCCGUUGCUGGUCUUAUUUAUCGCAAAUGUCUACGUUCCUCGGUGACUUCGGACAAUGGUGGUAUGAGCGGUUUUGCGAUAUCGGUGCUCUCCACGGAUCUGCCGCAGUUCGAUACUACUUUCUACUUCUUUCACGAUCUCUGGAAGGGACCGGUUGAGGCGAUUGUCUUUGGUUAUAUAAUGUACCGUGAGAUCGGCUGGCCAGCUAUUGUGGGAAUUGCGGCGAUUGCGAUAUUCAUACCGUUGCAGGCUUGGGCAGCGAAGGCGGCCGCUAAGUAUCGGCAUCGUUUCGCUGAGUUCGGAGAUGAUCGUGUGAAGUUAAUGAACGAGAUAAUCACAGCGAUACAGGUGAUCAAAAUGUAUGCAUGGGAGAAGUCCUUUGCGAAGUUAAUAGCGAAUACGCGUAAGAAGGAAAUACGCGCCAUAAAGGGUUCAAUGAAUAUCUACGCGGGCAUGCAAUGUACGAAUAUGAUCUCGAAAUUUGUGCUCUUUCUUAGUCUGGUGGCUUACGUAUACACCGGCGAUAUUAUAUCGGCGCGCAAGGUUUUCAUCGUGUCUUCAUAUUACGAUGCGCUUAACGACUCGCUGCUGCACUUCUGGCCGCUGUCCGUCACCACUUGGGCGGAGACCUUCGUGUGUGCGCGUCGUAUAGUCACAUUUUUAAUGCAAAGUGAGGAUCCCGCGGAUGGUGGUGUUGAAAACUUCGGUGUUGAUGUCGAUAAGAAUGAAAAGGGUAACUUCUCGGGACGUGUGCAUAACCCGCGCGCAAUUGAAAAGUGUGUUUUAGCCCACAAUCUAACCGCCAGUUGGGACUCACCAAAGCUAGAGAAACGUAAGCAUCACAUUUCCGACAUCAGUUUCAGCAUACGACCCGGCCAAUUCAUCGGCAUUGUUGGCAAUAUUGGCUCAGGCAAGACUACACUCUUGAAUGCCAUAAUCGGAGAACUGGAGAUCAUCAAAGGCAAUGUUGAGGUAAACGGACGCAUCAGUUAUGCGCCACAAGAGGCAUGGAUAUUCGAAGCUAGCGUACGCGACAACAUCUGCUUCGUGGAACCCUAUGACGCCCAACGGUACAAAGAUGUGAUACAAGCCUGCGAGCUGGAGCGCGACUUACAGCUGCUGCCGUAUGGCGAUUCCACAAUAGUCGGUGAACGUGGUAUUAGUUUAAGUGGCGGACAGAAAGCGCGUAUUAGUUUGGCACGCGCUGUUUACCGUCAAGCCGAUAUUUAUGUGUUCGACGAUCCGCUCUCCGCUGUCGACUCACAAGUGGCUAAACGUCUCUUACGCAAUUGCUUCCAGGAUUAUCUGAGCACGAAGAUACGGAUAAUGGUCACGCAUCGUGUGCAUAAUCUUAAAGAGGCCGAUUGGGUUAUACUAUUGGAAGCGGGCGUUGUAGAAAUUCAGGGUACUUAUGAGGUACUUGAACAGAAAAUCAGCAAACGCUUGAGCUUAACGCAAGAACAAGUGGAUAAACGGCCGAAAUUGAUGCAUGCGGAGAGCAUGUUGGUGAAACCGACGGAGGAAAAGGCGGAGAACGUUGAAUUGCCUAGUGAUACGGGUUCGGAACGUAAGGAACAGCAAAUGCAGGGUUCGGUUCGCCUUCAUACAUAUGUGGCGUACUUCCAAGCUCUACGCAUGCCUUGGUUGAUAUUAGUGAUACUUAUGUUGUUCAUCUCAGCGCGAGUUUGUCAAGCCGGAAUGGAUAUAUUCAUAGCGAGAUGGGCCACUUGGGAGGAAUCUCAACCACAACUGAAUGAAACAAAUGAGGAAUUUUCCUCGAAGCGUAUGGAAAUCGUAAUCAUCUAUACGAUCCUUAUGUUGGCAACACUUCUGUUGUACGUCGUACGCACCUUUGGUUUUUUCUACAUUUGUCUCGCGAUAUCGUUACGUCUGCACGAUUAUCUCUUCAAGGGUAUCAUACGCGCGCGCAUGCGUUUCUUCAAUACAAAUGCUUCAGGUCGCAUACUCAAUCGCUUCUCAAGUGAUAUUGGUAAUAUUGACAUAGCGCUACCGCAAGCCAUGUUGGACUCGUACUCGUUUUAUAUGAAUACUGUUGCGGUAUUGGCGAUCGUGGCCUUCGCUAACUACUGGUUGCUGAUACCAGCGUUCGUAAUGAUCGCGCUGCUAUUCCUCUGUCGCGGUCUCUACAUCAACGCAAGUCGCAGUCUCAAACGUAUCGAGAGCAUGACACGCAGCCCCGUCUACUCACACACAAAUCAGACCUUCCAGGGUCUCACCACAAUACGCGCGCUCAAUGGUACCAGCCAUUUGGAUAAGGAGUUCCACAGCUAUCAGAAUACCAACACAUCGGCUUUAUUUCUCUACGUCAGCGUUAAUCGGGCUUUCGCUUUUUGGACUGAUCUCAUUUGUGUGCUUUAUAUACUAGCGGUUACCUUCAGCUUUUUGGUCAUCGAAAGGGAUUUCUACAGCGGUGAUGUCGGUCUAGCCAUUACCCAGUCCAUGACAUUGAUAAUUAUGUGUCAGUGGGGUAUGCGUCAGACGGCCGAAAUGGAGAAUAAUAUGACGAGUGUUGAGCGCGUGCUCGAGUAUGCUGAGUUACCGUCCGAACCCGCAUUGAAGACCGACACAAAAGUCAUAGUUUUGCCUAAAUCAUGGCCGAGCACUGGCGCGGUACAAUUUAAAGAUUUGUACUUGCGUUAUACAGAGCAAAGCGAACCGGUGCUUAAGGGUUUGAACUUCUCCAUUAAUUCAAUGGAAAAGAUCGGCAUUGUAGGUCGAACAGGUGCUGGUAAAUCCUCCAUUAUACAAGCAAUCUUUCGAUUGGCGCUCAAUGAAGGCGCCAUAACGAUUGAUGGUGUUGACAUCGGCGCCUUGGGUUUGCAUGAUUUGCGCAGUCGUGUGUCGAUUAUACCACAAGAUCCGGUGCUCUUCUCCGGCACACUGCGUUACAAUCUCGAUCCGCUAGAAGAGAAGUCAGACGAAGAGUUGUGGCGCGCUUUGGAAGAUGUCAAACUGAAAAACUAUGUCUCGACUUUGGAAGGUGGCUUGAAUUGUCGCCUGCAUGAUGGUGGCUCGAACUUCAGUAUGGGCCAAAGGCAGCUGGUCUGCAUGGCGAGAGCUAUACUGAGGCACAAUAAAUUGCUAAUCAUGGAUGAAGCGACAGCCAAUGUGGAUCCAGAAACUGAUAUGCUCAUCCAGCAAACCAUCCACACGAAUUUCCAACACUGCACGGUACUGACGAUAGCUCAUCGUUUAAACACCGUUAUGGACAAUGAUAAAGUGAUGGUUAUCGAUGCAGGUCGUCUGGUCGAAUUCGGUCAUCCAUAUGAUUUAUUGCGUGAUACAAACGGUUUCCUCUACAAGCUUGUGCAGAAUACCGGUCGAUUUUCAGCGGAAAUACUGCACCGCGUAGCGGAAAAAAGCUAUAGAAAACGUGUGGGUAAAUCCGAUUAAGUUUGGCGAGGGUAUGCGGUGGGGGUUUCUACUAAAGCUUCUAAGCUUUGCGACGUUAAACAGCUUAAGAAGCUUUUGAAAUAUUUAUAUAUUUUUAUUAUUUAUGCAAUAAUAAUAUUUGGUAUUAAGCGAUAAAAAUUAGUUUUAAGAAUUACGAAUUUU